ACAAGCAUGACUGUGACACCAGACAAGCCUAAUAACUCUUUUCACAGGAAUUUUUUUUUUUUUUUUUUUAUAUCUAAAGAAAUCCCAUUACAAAACUUAAAAACAGAAGAUAUGACUUAAAAAAAAACCUUUUACAGUUUUUUUCUUCAAAUUAUCCAAAAUCGAAGAAGGGCAAACAAAAUUAUUAAAAAAAAAAAAAAAAAAUCACAAGGCAGCUGUCAUCGUGCAUGCAACUGCCGGCCUUCAGAGUCCAUCUUUCAACAUCUCUUUUUCCCACCUAUACAUUUCGCGCACGUGUUCUCAAACAGCUGCCUCAACCGACAGUGGUGGACUUCAAAUCAUAAACAACUACCGUUGGGUUGCCUCAACAACAAAGAACAAAACGCGGCCAACCGACGCGGCGCAAGUUAAGGAUGGUCUGGUUGAAGAAAGCUCACAACGUGAACGUAGUUGGGUCAGGGCGACAUGUGGUGGUGUUAGGGCAUGGGUUUGGAACUGAUCAGUCGGUUUGGAAGCAUCUGGUCCCUCACCUAGUGGACGAUUAUCGAAUCGUUUUGUUCGACAACAUCGGCGCCGGAACCACCAACCCUGAUUACUUUGAUUUCGAUAGAUACUCCACGGUCGAGGGCUGGGCUUAUGAUCUACUUGAUUUAGAACAUCUUCAAAUUACUUCUUGUAUUUAUGUUGGUCACUCUCUCUCCGCCAUGAUUGGAGUCAUCGCUUCCAUUAUUCGCCCUGACCUUUUCCUUAAGCUCCUUUUGCUCUCCGCCUCCCCCAGGUAUCUGAACAACGUGGACUAUUACGGAGGAUUUGAGGAGGAGGAUAUAAAUCAAAUACUAGAAGCAAUGCGGUCAAAUUACAAAGCGUGGUGUUCGGGUUUCGCCCCGCUGGCAGUGGGCGGGGACAUGAAAUCGGGUGCGGUCCAAGAGUUCAGCCGGACGUGUUUCAACAUGAGGCCAGACAUAGCUCUGAGUAUUAUGCAGACCAUCUUCGAGAUCGAUACUAGGCCAAUUUUGGGGCUGGUCACGGUGCCCUGUCAUAUCUUACAGAGUGCCAAGGACAUGGCCGUGCCCGUCGUGGUCUCCGAGUAUCUACACCAGAAUCUCGGUGGUCAGUCCAUCGUCGAGGUCAUGGAAUCGGAAGGCCACCUCCCUCAGUUGAGCUCGCCUGAUAUUGUCAUACCUGUGGUGCUUAGGCAUAUCCAUCAUGAUAUUGCUGUCUGAGUUUAU